AUGCAGAAUCAAGUUUAUUACAACAAUGUGGAGAUGGCACAAGAGCAAGCUAGUGAAAACGCUCAAAGAGUAGCAAGACUGAGGAGAGUACGCACCUCGUUUACGUCUUUCCAGCUAAACAAGCUGGAGGAGACGUUCAAGAAGGUACAAUUCAUAUCCAGACCGGUGAGAUACAGCCUGUCAUUGGAGCUAAAUCUGCAGGAAAAGCAGAUCAAAAUUUGGUUCCAAAAUCGCCGAAUGAAGGAGAAUGCUAGAGUUGCUGCGAGUAUGGCAACGGCCAUAAACUCUCCGCCGAUGUUAGACCAAAACAACCUCACACAAAUGCCAUCAACUUCAUGGUACAACCCAAACUCUUCGACGAUAAUGAAUCAAAACCUUGUAUAUCAAGGCAACGUUCAACCAUAUUCAGCAUCAAAUUCUCCGCAUCAACAAAUUAAUGUACAAUUUGGAUUUG